AUGGCUAACCAAGAUACCUCAAUGGAGGAAAUCCUCUGGCGGUCUCCCCCGCACGUCCAGAUGAUGGGAGGUUUCCUACACUCGAAUAACAUUCUCUUUUAUUUUGCGGAAUCUCCAUUCUUCGACCCAACCUCCAACAACGCCUCCCUCGCUAUUCAAGCCAACUACAACGAAGCCUUUCGCCAUUUCGUCGAGACUCGUGAAGCCUUUGAGGCGCGUUUGAAGACCAUGUCAGGUCUAGAAUUUAUCGUUUCACACGAUCCCUUACAGGCAGCCGCGCAGUCAAACACGCGCUUCGCUAACGAGCCCUCCAAUAUAUGGGUGAUCCGAAAGCAAAACCGGCGCAAGCGGACAGGAGCUGAUGAUGAGGUGACCGUGAUUUCUACCUAUUUUAUUGUGGGUGACUGUAUAUACAUGGCUCCCUCUGUGGCCAGUGUUGUAAGCAACAGAAUUCUCUCGGCCGUCACUUCUCUAUCACGACUCAUGAAGACAGCCUCUACACUACCCACCUUCACAUCAUCCUACGGACAUACAUACUUGCCACCUGUAACUCGCGCGACCACCGAGUCCGGGGCGCAGGCGUCACAACAAAGCAAAGAGAGCACGCCCAUGACCGACGCAGCACCGCCUUCCACAGCCGACACACAAACAACAAAUAAGACUGGGCUAGGGAUCUCAACGACCAACUCCAGCUUCCAAGAUACACGGAAUCUAGCCGAAUCAUUCAAUUUGUUCACCCAGUAUGGAGAUGAAUAUAUGGAUGAGACCCCACUUGUGGGAGAACCAGGCUCCUUUAUAAUGUCUCGCGUGGGUGGAGACAAUGAGCGAGCGGCCAAGAAUCCAGUCAUGUCCAAGGCGCCUCUCGGUGUGACUAGCAGCAGCACCCCCGGGCCACCUGGUAGAGUCUCAACUCCGCAGGUCCGGGUUGAUACGCCUGGGAAAGCAUCCGACAAAAGCAAUUCCCCGCCUAGCUCGGGCGAGAAUAAAGGAAAACGGAAGAAAAGUCGAGUUGUCAGCUGA